UUGGGUAUCACGUGGCACUUGUUGUAGGUCACGUGAGUUUGUUUUGGCUGAGUCGCGGCUCAAUAUUGCAACUUCAAUCCAUGGCAAGAAACGAGGAGAAACAACAGGGAAGACUGAACAGACUGUGGCUACAGAAAGAGAGAGAGGAGGGACGGCUUAAAGAUGUAAAUAAGCGUCGACCCAAACUGUCUACUCUGAAUUCAGCUCCGUCUGUAAAAAAGUGGAUUCCCAGCAUCAAAAGUGAGAUCGAGUAUUACCUGCAGCAAUCCCAGCUUCCUCAUUACCCAGAGAGGAAGAUAGCUGAGUUCCAGCUGCACAUCGAGGCUUUGGAAAAAGAAUACAAAAGCUUCAUCAGCAAGUUACGAGCUCUAGACCCCUCAUGCAAGCACAAACCAUGGACUCCCAGAGCCUACAGCAAACGGAGAGGAGAGGCUCAAAACCCUCCAAAUGCCGAUAAAAACCCUCGACUUAAUGAGCUGUAUGAUAAAGGGAGCCAGAAGAGCAGAGGUGAGAGUGACUCUGCAAGUGAUUCUCCCGGAUGUUUUCGGUCCUUAGCAACAGCGGCAACCUGCAGCUUUUCAGAAACCAGGCUUCACAGCCUCGCUCCCACUGGCGCCAUCUCAGACGCCAGUUCAGUCCAGGACCAGCCACUCUCCUUCGACCGGACGCGGCUGGCGGUGGCUGCAGCUGCAUUCAGAGGACCGGCUCUGCGCCAGAGUUCUUCCCAAACACAGAACCUCGCCAGGAUGCUGCAGUCUGGCCUUCCCAACCUCAGUAAGUUCCACUCACAGCAAACGGUUGAGUUUAAAAGCUGGAGCCCAGAGAGAAAUGAGAAGCCCACAAGUGGUUCUGCGGUGAAAACGGAUCAAAGCGCUGUUCAAGAAAACAACGCGAGCUGUGCAGCGGCGUCUGACUCGGGGCUAACAGAGGACAAGAGUGGACACAUACUGGGACUUGAUUGUUACUCCUCUUCUGAUGAGGACACUAACACGUAGUGAUUUUUUUUUUUUGGUUUUGUUAAAAAGUGUGUAACCUCAAUUAAAAUAUUAUAUUUUGUAAUGAUGGUCAAAUUUCUUUAAAACAUAUCUUUGUUUUUGAAUUACAGGCUGCAUUUGUCACAAGAACAUAGCAUAGGCAAAAAAAAACAAAAAAAAAAACGUUAGCUUCUUGCAGAUGUCUCAAUUACGCUGUUAUGUUGGCCUGAGUUCCCCCGUCGACGUGUUUUCCAAUUUUUUUUUUUAUUUACCGUAUUUAUUUAUUUCAAAGAUGACUCCUUGAGAUGUACCAUCAAAUGUUUGAGGGGGUCCUUACAGAACUUAAAUAUAACCAUCACUAAUAAUUCUGGGCUCUGCACCGCAGAACGCUUCGUUGUACUGUGGUAAAAAUUAAAAAACCUGCUGUCUUUACUGCUUGGCUGUAACUGAUCGCCACAGAAAAUAUAAUCCGAAAGCACCAGAAUUAGAAUUAAAUUGAAGAGAACUGUUGCUGAGUUGGUUUGCCUGGAUCAGAUCUAUGCUUGCACUGUAAAAAAAAAAUCUGUUUUAGAAAAACAAGAUUUAUUCUAAAUGCCAGAAUUAAAGACAAAUGGAAGCACACAGAGCACUAAAAUAAGUUAUAAUAAAACUAAAAUGAAUAAACGAUUAUGACACUUCUACUGAGAGCUUUCCUCUUAUGUAUUAUUUCAUAAUAUAGGUGACACUUUCAAAUGACUUUUUUUGUCUUAGUGGGGGCUUAAUUACCUUCUACUGUUUGGUUGUGACCUAAGUAAGUACAAUACUGUAAUUUGUUAUAGUCUAACAAAAAGAGUCUUGUGGCUUCAAACAGUGUGGCAGCAGUUUGAAAUUUUUGUUUCAUAACCUUGAAGUGAUGCACAGUUUGCAACAAUUUUACAAAAGAGAGCUAAAAAAGUGAGGUGUGCCUUUGUACACCUUGGAUUUUAUUUGCAUAAAAUCCAAAUGCAAAUAAUAAAUAGAGUUUACGUUUGUGGAACUAAAAAAAAAGGACCCAGAGCUUCGAACGCCUUGCACAGACAUUUUAGUCCAACGACCAGGAAUGGAAAGAGUGGUUAAACUGCAAACACUGCGUGACAUCCCCUCCUCCUACACUGAAAAGGCAACGAUGACAUUAUUCAGAAGUGAUUCUGAUGAUUAUGGUAAUUCAGGGGGAGCUGCACAAAUCCAUACUUCAUUCAUGAAAAUAUUUAGUCAUGCAAUCUGUAGAUCUGACUUGCAUGGAAACGUGACAACAAAGAAAGAUGUCAGAAAUCCAUUUGUGCCUGGAAGAUAAAACAAGCAUGUUAAUGUCAAAUAAAAUCAAAGUCAAUAUUCACCUUCACAUGGUUGUGUGUUUGGGAACUAACCUCAUAAGCCAUCCUGAAAACACCUUCUGUAACGGGCUGAACAUGUAAGCCAUGAGGAUAUAGAUGUUUUUUUUUUUAAAGUUGAGUUUAGUUACCUGAAAAUUAAAGAAAAAUAUUCAAUUGAUAACAAUUGGUAACAGUGUCCUUAAAAUACGUAAAAUAAACUGAACAAAGUUUAACACUAUAACUGUAAACUGGUUAAUAAAAAAAAAAAACUGAGCUACCCAACAAAAGACAACGAUGAAUAAAAAAAAACUGACUGAUCUGAGCAGUUUGGCACAAAAUAGCC